UUAUCGGGUGGAGCAAUGCGAGUCCAUCCCGACUUCGUCUGCAUUCGGCGGGACGGCUCCCCUGGUGCUCGGCGUGGUUGGAGCCCUGAGCAGCCGGAGGGUGGGUAUCUGCAAGCCUGCACGGCAGCCCUGGGUCUGCAAGGAGUCGGCGUUAGCAGCGGGAGAUGCCUCCGAGCACCCUGGGGCAAGUUGCAGCAUGCAUGGGACAGUUGCUUGUGCUCUCCAGUACUAGGUAUUAUCUGUGGAGGACAGCGCAGCUCGUUAUUCUGGUUUGGAAGCAGAACUUGGGAGGAGCCAGUAUCAGACAGGAACGGCAGAGCCCGCUGCCAAGAAGAACGGAGGAGGCCGUUUGCCUUUCUCCCUUGCAGAUACUCGGCUUUUCGGAGGGAGCCGGGCAGCUGCUGCGAGAUGUCUACGAUCCUGAAGUGGUUUGGGAGAGACGAGGACAAAGACAAGGACAAAGACAAGGAGAAGGAGAAGGAGAAGAUCAAGGAGAAGGAGAAGGACAAGGGGAAGGAGGAAAAAGAGAAGAAAAAGAAGAAGAAGAAGGAGAACAAGGGAGAGGGGGACGCCGGCGACAGCAGCAGCAGCAGCAGCUCUGACAGUGACUCUGAAGAGGGCAACAAGAAGAAAAAGAAGGAGGAUAAAGAAUAACUUUGCUGGAGUUAGUGCAGGCCACAUCUGUACUUCCUACAAUUUUACAAGGGCUGGACAGAGCACAGGAAACAGCAUCUGCAGAACAAGAAUAGUCCUGGAAAUGCAAUUUUGAUGACUGCAUCCCAAUAAAACUGCUUGCAUGCUGCAGAGA